AAAGCCGGGAUGGGCCGAAGCCGUUCCAGGUCUCCACCUCGCAGGGAACGUCGGCGCUCCAGAUCUACCUCACGAGAGAGGGAGAGGAGGAGGCGGGAGCGGUCAAGGUCCCGGGAGCGAGAAAGGAGGAGAAGUCGUUCCCGUUCACCACACAGGAGGCGAUCGAGGUCUCCCCGGCGACACAGAUCCAGCUCCUCUUCCCCUUCCCGAAAAGAAAGAAAUGACGAAAAGAAAGAAAUCAAAGACUCCAAAGGCAAAGAGCGCCAGAUCACAGAAGAAGAUCUAGAGGGGAAAACAGAGGAAGAAAUAGAAAUGAUGAAAACAAUGGGCUUUGGAUCCUUCGACACAACAAAGGGCAAGAAAGUGGAUGGCUCUGUAAAUGCCUAUGCUAUAAAUGUAUCCCAGAAGAGGAAGUACAGGCAGUACAUGAACAGGAAAGGUGGAUUCAACAGACCUCUAGACUUCAUUGCCUGAUACCUCUAU